AUGGGCCAUAAAUUGUCAAUCACAGGACAGUCAAACCCUGUUGAUAGGAAGAGGAGAGCAUUGGCGUCGGCGGGGGGCGGCGCGGCGGAACAAAGGAGUGGCGUGGUAACGGUCGUGGCGGCGGCGGCGGCGGCGGACAAGUUCAAACCCACGCCACUGCACCCGAGUCGCCCCACGACGCCGCCGCCCACGCUCGCACGACUCGGCACAGAGCCCAUGACUGAGGAAUCUCCUGCAUCAUGUGCACUGGAUAUAACAAAGAGGAUGUUGGGUCGAGCAGGAUGUUUGGAGAUGUGGAAAGAGGAAUGUGGGGUUAUGGUGAACCUCUUUUAUCACGCCUUACUCCAACCUUCACACAUAGACCGUGUUCUCCUACGUGGGUUUAUGGCCGACUUCAUUAGAAAGUGGUGCGAAGAAAUUGAAGGAGAAGAUAUGAAUGCAUUAUUCGAAGUUCGGCACGAACUUCAGAAAUGCGCGUCUUUCAUCACCUUGGCUCUGCUUCAUGCUAACCUCCUCCCUGAUGAUAGCAUCCCUUUGGAGAAGCUAAGAACUCUGCCAUUAGAUUCAAAAUGGGAUGGAGGGUUAACAAUCCCAGCAGGGAUGUUAGACAUCUGUAAAGAUAGUCUAUUUCCCCUGAAUAAUUUUCUACUCUUGUCUGCAGAGGUGCAACAGUGUGGAUGGCAGGGAAUAAAGUCAGGGGCUGGGAAUACGUACAUAAGAGUGCUGGGCAGUUUUUUACAGGCAGUAGGAUUGUACAGGAAGGGAGACUUAACUGGUAGUCUACAGGUCUUGGAGGCUAUCCCUAGGCAUUUGUGUGGAUCAGAAUUGGAGGGUUGUGUGUUAUGGCUGACAGGGCUAGGCUUGGCCAAGCUUGGGAAGCCUCAUACAGCUUUGCUGAAGCUUGAGGCAGCUGUGAAGGCAUGCGAGGCCUGUCUCCCUGCAGUCUUUAACAUUUCCUGCAUCUUUCAUCAGACAGAUAUGGUGACUGCAGAGCUCGAGUGCCUGGCAUUGUUAGCAGCGGGUAGGGAGGAGAAAAGUGAGAGUGCAGUCCCUAAUCUCCAGGCUGCUCUCUUAGGUCUCUACCAGACCAGGCCUGCUGAUUUACAGAUACGGGCUCAGUACCUGCUAGCAGCUCGCUGCCUACAGAUGAAGAUGCACAAAGAAGCAAGUAACAAGUUCUCAUAUCUGUUAGAGAAGUUAGAAGAUUCAGCAAUAAAAUCUUCAACUGCUAAAGGCAGUGUCUGGCUGCAGAGUGAAGACCAAGUUCCUGAAGUACCUUGUAAGGAAAGUGUGAUAGUUCAAGCUGCCAUUGCCCAUCUGGGAGAGCAGAAUAUUCACUCUGCUCUUGAAAUCUUGCUGAAGAUUGAUUGUGAAGAUUUGGAACACGAGAAAUGUGAUGCCUAUGGAAAAGAAGGGAAAGAGAAACUAAGAAUUUUUACUACAGCUGCAGGAUGUCUGACAAAGAUAGAUGCUCUGGUUAAGUUGGGGAAGGAGAUGGAGGCAUUGAAAGUGUGUGUUAGGUUGGACCAAGCACUGUCGUGGGUGAGAUAUGCAAAAGUGUUGGAAAACAAAGGAUGGGAGUUGGUAGGCGUCAUGCUGAAGGCGUUACUCUACUCAUGGCUUGCAUAUCUUCAUGGUGUCAAGAAAAGUAAACAGAACCAGUGUCAUUACCAGAGGAGAGCUACACAGAAUUGCAGGAUGCUACAAGAUGCACCAUCAAGCCCAGCCUGUUCAGAGCUCACCCUAACAGAGUCCCUUGCUCUAGAUAAUGUCUAUAGUUACUUGACAUCAAAGCUUCAAGAUCUUAGUGUGAAGUGAUUGUUCUAGUAUGAAAGAAUACAAGAUAUUAAAUGAUCAAAAUAAGA